UGGAUCCUAGAGAGUCAGUCAGUAGGUCAGUGUGUCCGGGUAGGUCUAAGUGGGUGAGGAGUGGGACAUUAUCGUGCACCUGACGCCACGAUGGAUGACUAUCCGAUGUAUGGGUUGCUGGUUGGGUUCUCUCUUUGGGGGACCCUCUGGCGCCUCCUCUUUCCUCUGGGGUUCUGGCACACCUUCACGCGUAGAGUAGAUACCCGGGGUGGUGCCUCCACCGAGCCAUACAUGAAGGAGGAGGAGGCGAAGAUGGCCGCCAUUCUGCAGGAGAGGAAGGAGAAGAAGGAGGCCAAGAAGAAGGCCUUGAAGGAGGAGCAGGCGGCCAAAUUGAAAAAGAUAGAAGAAGAGAUGGCCAGAGAGAAGGAGAGGAUACAGAAAGAAGAGGAAGAAAAGUUGAAAGAGGUGGAAGAGGAGGAAGAAGAUGAAACGCCGCUGCAGAGGAAGAAGGGGCAGUAUAGUGGCAGUAGGGAUGAGGAGAUGGAGAAGCGGAUUUCAGAGUGGGUCGCCAACUUAUCCCUGGGCGAAGAAGAGGAGGUGGCGAUGUAUAUCCCUAAGGACGAUCAGGAAGCCGCUAUGAGAGAUUGGGAAGCAAAAAAAGAUGUUGUGAAGCGGCAGGCAAUGAAAAAUGAGAAGAGAAUGGAAUGGAGGUUGGCAGUGAUGAGGGAAAAGAAGAGGAGAGUGGACGCGGUAGCGGAGGCGGCAGAAGAAUUAGAGGAGGUCUCCCCGGAUCAGCAGGUCCUAAUUGCGAUCCACGCGCUGAGAGAUGAGGCCGCCAGUUUUGCAAGGUCCCUUGUUCGCGCUGCUAACUGUAGUGACGAUCCCGUUGCGUAUUCCUCGUUCACGUCCCUCACUGAGUUCUUGAAGUUGUUGCGCGAGAGGUUCGCUGAUGUCGCCCGCAGCGUUAAAGCCUCAGAUAGGCUGCAGACGAUCCACUCUCGUAAGUGGAAGAGUGUCAGGGCCCUUAAGAGUACAAUGGAUGAGUUAGUGGCUGUCCCUGACCAUGGGGUUACAUACACCCAGUUGGUCGGCCUCUUCUAUCGGGCUAUACCUGAAGCCCUUCGAGCGCAUUUCUUCGCAAAGAGCGAAGACCCUGCCACUACGUACGAUUCUCUUAGUCGUGAGGUGGUGGCCUUCGAGGCCAAGUCCAUGUCAGUCUCCACCUUCUGGCACAAGGACUUAGAUAGAGGGAAGCAAUGGAAGGGCCGCACUAUCUCAGGGCAGGUAAAAACCAAGGAUAGCCUUGUCCUAACCUUAGAUGAGGGUAGUGUGGACGAGAUCCCCUACGAUCAGAUUGAGUGGGGGUUAGAGGAGGAGGACGACGGUGUGGGCCAGGGGAGGACUUACGCUGCUGUCGCGGCUGGAGGGAGGCCGCAAGGAGGACGAGGCCAGGGCCAAGGGGGUCAGGCCUCAGGGAGCCGGUUUCAGGGCGAUCAGGGGGUUGGCGGUAGAGGAGGAAACCGCCAAGCGGGAGGCAGGGGUCAAGGUCCCCCGCAAAACCGUCCUAGGAAUAGGUCUCCCUAUAGGGCGUAUUUCCGCCUAGAGAAAGAUGGGAAAGUGGAGAAGGUUCUCCACUCCCUUACUCUCCUCGUAGAAGACAGCCUCCCAUUUGAUAUUGUCCUGGGAAUGGAUUGGGGAGAGGCAGCCGGGGCCACGCUCCAUUUGAAGGAGCACGAGUGUAGGCUCCCUAGCUCUUCAGGCGAGGCCAGGACUGCCCGCCUGUUCCAUGUGUCAGGAGUAGAGAAUCCCUUGGCACAUUGCUGUCUUAGUGCUCCUGCGUUCGCCAGGUUGGUGAAAAAGGAGAAAUUAGAGGAACAGGUUUUUGUUGCCUAUGUUAGGCCAGUGACUGAGCCUACGGAAGAAAAGCCGAUGGACCCUACGAUUGCCAAGCUGCUGGAAGAGUUCAAGGAUCUAACUGAGCCGCCGAUAGGAGUAGUAUCGCGCCCCAUCCAGCACCGCAUUGAGAUAGAGCCUGGCAGUAGAACUCCUAAGGGCGCUGUAUAUAGGAUGUCCCCGCAGGAGUUAGAGGAGCUUCGCAGGCAAUUAGACGAGCUCCUCGAGAAGGGUUGGAUUAGGCCCAGUUCGUCUCCUUUUGGAGCGCCUGUUCUCUUCGUUCCUAAGAAAGAGGGAGAGUUGAGAAUGUGCAUAGACUAUAGGGGUUUGAAUGCUAUUACCGUCUUGGAGAAGCUGAGGGAAGCUAACUUCAAGAUCAAUGCAAAGAAGUGCGAUUGGGCGAAAACCCAAGUUUUUUACUUAGGCCACGUCUUAGACGGAGACGGCGUUAAGCCAGAGGAUAGCAAGAUCGCAGCGAUUAGAGAUUGGACCAUGCCACGUACGCUGACAGAGUUACGUUCGUUCCUGGGCUUAGCUAAUUACUACCGGAAGUUCGCGAGGAACUUCUCUACCAUCGCUGCGCCCCUUCACAGAUUGUUGAGAAAGGAAACCAUCUGGAAGUGGGAUAAGGACUGCACGUCUGCCAUGAAGAAGUUAAAGCAGGCAUUGAUAGAGUAUCCAGUCCUUAAAGUCGCCGAUCCGUCCUUGCCCUUUGUCGUCACGACCGAUGCGAGUCAAUACGGCAUAGGCGCAGUGUUACAGCAAGACGAUGGCAAUGGGUAUAGACCCGUAGAGUUCAUGUCCGCCAGAAUGCCUUCAGAGAAGGUUGCGGCAUCUACCUAUGAGAGGGAACUCUACGCUCUCAGACAAGCCUUAGACCACUGGAAACACUACUUGCUUGGGAGGCACUUCAAAGUCUAUUCCAACCAUGAAACGUUACGAUGGUUAAAGACGCAGGCCAAGAUGACACCUAAGCUUACUAGGUGGGCCGCAGAGAUAGAUCAGUACGACUUCGAGCUCAAGCCUGUCAAAGGGAAGUACAACAUAGUCGCGGAUGCUCUGAGUAGAAGAGCUGAUUACUUUGGGUCAAUAGUACAUUACCUCGAUAUAGGGAAGGAUCUGCAGCUGAAGGUUAGAGAAGCCUACGCGCAGGACCCUAUCUACAGUGACCUCCUCAAGAAGGUCAAGGAGGCCCCAGAGACUGAACCGAACUACCGCACUACUGAGGGGUUGCUUUUUUAGAAGACUAAUGUUUUUGACCGGCUGUGCAUCCCCAAUAGCGAAGA